GGGCUUUAUCUGCGCCACUUCAAAGUGCUUAUAGUCCCAGAGUUGAGGCAGAGAGAGCGAUGACAUCAAGCACUCGCUCGUCGCGAAGCUCAAUGCUGGCAGCCUCUGCUGCCCGUUCAGAUCCUUCUCUACCCAUUAUUUCAACCAGCAAGGGUGGGCGAGUACUAUCAUCUCACUUGCGUGCGAGUGCCCCAUCACUGUUGGAGCCUGUCACUCAUUCCCAACUCAACAUACAUACUCCUCCACCAGGGUCAAAGAAAUCGCAAGAUGGCAAGGGUGUUCCUUACUCUCCACUCAAACCCACAAGCAGACGAUCAUCCGCCCCCGCUGCCAACGUUUUGAGGGCACCAGAGCAGGGUGUGUCUGCGUCAAUACCAGCGCCAAAGAAGAGGACUCAAGCCAAGGUUAGACUCCCUGUACACUACAAGUCGCCUGACUGGAAUGCGAGGAGUGUGGUCCCUGAUCGGUAUAUCCCUGCCCGAGAGUCCAAUUGCGCACCCACAACACCAUUCCAUAUUGUCAAAAAGCCGCGAGAGCUAUCUCCAGAGGAGAAGCUGCUGCGUCGACGACCACCUAGAGAUGAUCCAUUCAUGCCGUCACACUUGCCAAGGUCUUUCAGUGGUCCCAAGGUAGCGUCCAAUCGCAUCUGCAGCACUCACUACCGCCCGCACCUUGUCACCGAGCCUGUUUAUACCGGAAGUGACUCCUCUCGUGAGUUGAGAGACCUGUCGAGGCAAAUCAGUAAUGGGGCUGUAUGGAACGUUGGAGGAAGUUCUGCCGCAUUGGGUCGAGCAUCCAUGACGGUUCCUCGUGGCUCGGGUACCCAUUUCGCCAGCGGCACGACUGCUCCCAUGUUUACCGCUAAAUUCUUGCCCCAGACCGCGGCGAACGAGGAACGAGAGAAACACAAAUCCAGGGUAGCUCUUGCUCUGGACUUCGACCCAGCAACAAGACUUGUUAGAAGCAGUAGACCUUGGUCCCUCUCCCGCGAGUUGCCAUGCCCAAAGUCUUCGGACUGCGAGAGGUUUUCGCCCUUCGUGUGGAAGGACAACGCAUGGAAGCGGAAUGGAAGAGACCUGUGGACUCCCAUAUCGAGGCCAACUAAGCGAGUAGUCCCGAAUCGUCCGUUCCGUAUCCUCGACGCACCUCUCCUUCGCGAUGAUUUCUACUGCUCCACACUGGCGUAUUCAUCCACCUCCGGUAUUCUCGCUGUUGGUUUGGGCCAUCGCGUUUAUUUAUGGUCCGAAGACUUUGGGGUGCAGCAUCCUCCCCUUAGCGACCAGCACCCCUCGAAUUAUGUGACGUCGUUGGCAUUCUCUUCUGAGAAUGGCGGCAGAAGCAUACUGGCUGUUGCAAGACAGUCGGGAAUGUUAUGUCUGUGGAGUGUCUUCGAUGCCGAGGUCCGAUUUGAGAUUAGCCACCCCGAGAGUAUCACUUGCGUGGCCUUCAAGCAGACGAAGUCUCGCAGAUUGUCUGAGAGAAUCCGUAAUAUGGAAGUCGAUGUCGAAGAUCUGGCUGUGGGGGAUGAUCUAGGGAACAUAUGGUAUUACUCUGUGGAGUGGCCCGACGAUGCCAUAUGGGAUCGAUAUGACUGGAGCGGAGCCAUGACCUUGCUCGCCAAAAUCGCUGCUCACACUCAGCAAAUCUGUGGCAUAGCCUGGUCUCCAGAUGGCUCAUUCCUUGCAACAGGUGGUAACGACAACUUCUGCCUGCUUUUUGAGCUCCAGACCAUUCUUCCUCCGCGCGAACUCAAUCUCUCGGUUCGAAGUUAUUCGUCAUAUCCCAAUCGCCAAAAGCAUAGAUUGAUCCAUGGGGCGGCGGUGAAAGCGAUUGCAUUCGCCCCUUGGCAGCCAUCCCUGCUGGCCACCGGUGGAGGAUCGAAUGACCGGACCAUUCACUUCUUCCACGCCCCAACAGGUGCAUGCUUGGCCACAAUUCAUGUCUAUGCACAGGUGACAAGCUUGAUAUGGAGCAAGACCAGACGGGAGAUUGUGGCUACAUUCGGGUUUGCACAGCCAGAGCACCCCUAUCGGAUCGCCGUUUUUGCUUGGCCGACUUGUGAGCGGAUUGCGGCAAUCCCCUGGGGCCCGCAUGGCAGUAGCUGGGAUAGCGCAGAUAAUGACCUCGUGGUCGAUUGCGGACGGGCGCUCUGCGCUGUUAGUUAUCCUGGACGACCCCAUACCUUGGGAUAUCGAGCAUCAGACGAGACCGUGGACGAGACCGUGUCGAGCACAGCAAAUCAGGACCGCUUAGCGGGACAAAGUCGAUAUCAACCGGGCAAACGUCGUAUGAGUCGUGCCUUUGUACGUCCGCGCGCUAAGGAGGGAGGCUUAUGGUGCUCGCGCACAAUGCAUGAAGGGUGCAUUAUUGUGGCCUCCAGCGAUCAGAGCGUCAAAUUCCAUGAGGUGUGGAGUGGAACUAAACAAAGCACUGCUGCAGUGGCGGGCUCUUUUGGUGGCAGUGGCAUCCUCGAGGGCCUGGAAGGCCUUGAGAAGCCGGGGAAGGAAAUCAUUCGGUGA